AUGGCGGCAGCAGCUUUAACUCCAGUAGGCACGGGCGGCGGCCCAGUACGUGAAGGCAGCCGAAGCCGAGAGGAAGCACAAGAAGGUGCAGGAACAGAGGCGGCGGGCCUGCUUCGCCUCGCCGCCGCCGGCGCCGCAGCAGUGCAAGAAGGUGCAGGAACAGAGGCGACCGCCGGUGCCAAGCGCGACCUGCCAGUCGCGAGGAAGGCGCCGCUGCAGCGGUUCAUGGAGAAGCGCAAGGUCCGCGUCGCCGCGCGCACGGAGCCGUACCGACGGCCGGACGCCAGCGACGCCUGCCCUGGCCACCUCAAGCUCGCGCUCUGA